CUGAGGAAACAGGUGGACUCUACAUUUUUAUCAUAAUGUUCUUUUUCCCACUUUACUACUGGCUCUUUAGAGGGGAAAGUAUUGAGGAUGAGUACGAAAUAUCCUUUGUAUGCCAUCGGCCUGAUGAUCUGGACACGAUACAGGAUGAGACCAAAUUCAGCAAGAAAGAGCUGCAGUUCCUCUACAGGGGCUUCAAAAAUGAAUGUCCCAAUGGAGUGGUGAAUGAGGACACGUUUAAACUUGUUUACUCUCACUUCUUCCCACAGGGAGAUUCAAGCAUGUAUGCACAUUUCCUGUUUGAAACAUUUGACACAAACAAGAAUGGCUGUUUGAGUUUUAAGGAGUUUGUUGCUGGACUGUCCCUCAUCCUAAGAGGGUCAAUAAAUGAUCGACUUAGUUGGGCAUUUAAUUUCUAUGAUCUUGAUAAAGAUGGGUGCAUUACAAAAGAGGAGAUGAUAAACGUUGUGAAAUCGAUUUAUGAUAUGAUGGGGAGAUUCACGUAUCCCUGCAUGCAGGAUGAUACUCCCAGAGAACAUGUGGAAAACUUCUUUCAGAAAAUGGACAGAAAACAUGAUGGUGUGAUUACCAUUGAAGAGUUCAUUGAGUCAUGUCAAAAGGAUGAGAAUAUCAUGCAGUCGUUGCGGCUGUUUGACAGUGUCUUUUAGGUGUGUGUGCCCGGCCUGUGGAUAUUAAUUCAGUCGAACAUUCUUUACUCCAUAAAAUCUGCUGCCAUUCUUGUGCAAAUGUUGCAUUGAAUUUGUAUUUCAGCUUUGAAAUCAGUAAGAUUUUGCAAAUGUUUCUAAAGCAACCAUUCA